AUUGUUUUGCUGCUUUAUUCUUUCCUUAUUGUGGAACAUUACAGAGGUUAGUGAUCAGUUAGCGCUUCGAGGGGCUUUGAUGGAUAGUAUUGUAGAUGCACUGAACAGUGCAUAUCAAGAGUAUGUUGCAGCAGCAGCUGCUGCACUUGAAUCAAAGGAGAAUUCAAAUGGUCAGAAAACAGCAGCAACUGAUGCUGCAUUACAAAACUUUAAGCAGCGAUGGGAGUUGUUCAGGGUUGCUUGUGAUCAGGCAGAGGAGUUUGUGGAGUCAGUUAAGCAAAGAAUAGGUUCCGAGUGUCUUGUGGAUGAGGCUACGGGCACUGUUUCAGGGAAGCCUGGGCAAUCAGCUGCAAGUGGCCUUCAACCCAUUAGUGCUGUUAGGUUGGAGCAGAUGAGUAAAGCUGUUAGAUGGUUAGUGAUAGAACUGCAACAUGGUUCUGGAUCGAGUAGUGCUUCAGCACAUCCGAAUCCUUCUGCUCCAUUUGAUGCCAGAUUUUCUGAAGAUGCAGCUCAGUAGACGAAUGGAAACUAGCAAAAACACGAUUGCUUUGCAUUCUAUGCUCGUUACUGUAAAACAAAGGACAGCGGUUAAUUGUGACUGUUUUCAGGUAGUUGUGAAGUCUGGUGAUCAGCAGGGACAAACAGAAAAUUUUCUGUGCCUCAGUAAGCCGCUAAAGUUGUAUGUUUGAUGUAUCUAGUCCUGUUGUAACGCUGUAGAAGAAAUGCUUGGGAAUGAUAUUUAGGCCUGUUGUAACGCUGUAGAAGAAAUGCUUGGGAAUGAUAUUUCACAAACACCUCUACCCCUCUCCCUCCCUCCCCAUCUUAUGAGAAGAUCUGGUGAGUUUAUGUUAGUAUUUUCGAGGCUCAGAGAUUUACUUUUAUCGCAGUAUGAGCUACCUCACUCUGUGUUAUUCAGAUCUCCACAUCCAUCUAUGUGUAAUCAUACAACAUGUACAAACAGGCGGUUUCAUGUGUUUGCCAUGCAUUACUAACUUACUAUGUUUUCAAGUAUUUACGCUUUUAAAGUUAGUUACACGAAUGGUAUUUUAUAUCGUUGUUUCAGAAGGCUCAAAGUUAUUGUUUGGUGUAGGUGUUCUUGAUUUUUGUAUAUUCAUAAUGAUGAUAUCUUAGAGGAUUUUAAUUGCCUUUCGUAAAGAAA